CAAGAAGACCGAAAGAUAAUAACAAAUGAGCAACAGCUUGUCAAUCUUUAAAUAUCGAAUGUCACUCAAAUUAUAUGAAAUACUCUACAGUUUUUGUUGAGGUUAGGUUAACAGUGAAUAUGCUACUUUCAUAUUGUAUAUUAUAUUGCAUUUCUUUUUUCACUGUGGUGUUAUCGUGAUUCCGCAAUUUUUGUAUUAGUCUUGUUGAAGCUCGAAAAGCUACGACAUUUUUAAGUAUCUUACAAUAUAAGUGAUCAAGGGUAAAAUAAACAGAGCAUGAAGAGAAAAUCAGACAGAAAUCACAUGAUUGAGGAUGGUUGUGAAAACUCAAGUAAUGUCACAGAACAUGGUGACAUUCGUGGAGACAAAAAAAAUAUUGCAAUACUGUUCUUCUUGUAUUUGUUACAAGGAAUCCCUUUAGGACUUACUAGUGCUAUUCCUAUGAUACUCCAAAAUAGAGGUGUUUCAUACAGACAACAGGCAGAAUUUAGUUUUGUUCAGUGGCCAUUUUCCUUGAAACUAUUAUGGGCACCUAUAGUGGAUUCUGUAUUCUCGCAAAGAUUUGGCAGGAGGAAAACAUGGUUGAUUCCUACUCAAUACCUUAUGGGUAUAUUUAUGUUAUUUCUGUCAGGACACAUAGACUAUUGGCUAGGUGACGAACAUCGGAGACCAAACAUAGAACUACUUACCACUUUGUUCUUUGUACUGAAUUUUCUGGCUGCCACGCAGGAUAUUGCUGUGGAUGGCUGGGCUCUCACUAUGCUUAAAAGAUGCAACGUUGGCUAUGCAUCCACUUGCAAUAGCGUAGGUCAAACAGCAGGAUACUUUCUGGGAUAUGUGCUAUUUAUUGCAUUGGAAUCUGCACACUUUUGUAACAACUACUUAAGAAGUGAAGCAUCUGACACAGGCAUUCUCACAUUACCUGGAUUCAUGUAUUUCUGGGGCUGGGUUUUUAUUAUUACUACUUCCUCAGUCGCCUUGUUAAAACAUGAGAAUGGGGGACGGCAGCCUAAGCAUGAACACUUAGAUAUGGAUAUAAAAGAUGCUUACCUUGUACUUUGGGAUAUUAUAAAGCUACCAAGUAUUAAAACCAUGAGUAUAAUUUUGUUGACAGCCAAGAUCGGCUUUUCUGCAUGCGAUGCAGUAACAGGUUUGAAAAUGGUGGAAGCUGGUAUCCCAAGGGAAAAAUUUGCUUUAAUGGCAGUUCCAAUGAUUCCUUUACAAAUUGUUCUACCCUUAGCCAUUUCAAAAUAUACAGUCGGUCCAAGGCCUAUGGAUGUAUACUUAAAAGCAAUACCCUAUAGAUUGGGCUUUGGAUUAAUAGCUGCAUUCUUGGUGUGGAUUACACCAGCCGUUGUUACAAAUGGUGACAUACCAGCAUACUACUAUGUCACACUAAUUUUACUAUACUCAAUUCACCAAAUUACUCUAUACAGUAUGUUUGUAGCUGUCAUGGCCUUUUUUGCUAAAAUCAGCGAUCCAGUUGUCGGUGGUACAUACAUGACACUUUUAAACACAUUAUGUAAUCUUGGCGGAAAUUGGCCAGCCACAGCCGCAUUAUGGUUGGUAGAUGUCUUAACCUUCAGACAGUGCAGCAACGAUCCCAGCAAUGAUUGCAGUACUGCAAUUGAAAGAGAGCUUUGCGCCAGUAAAGACAAUGGUGAAUGUCAUAUGCAACUGGAUGGAUACUACAUUGAAAGCAUAUUAUGCGUAAUAGUUGGUUUCCUUUGGCUACGAUGGGGUCGUAGGAAAAUAAAUAUUUUACAGGCAAGACCACUCUCAGCCUGGAAAGUCAUGACGGUACCGCAGAAGAGAUAACAUUAUGCAUCACAAUAGCAUUUUUUUUAAUUAAUUAAACAUCUUUUGAUCUUGGGCGAUUUCUACUAUCCCGUUUCUUAAAUCACGACAAGUAUCUUAUUUAUUAUGCCUUCUAUGAUUACUAUCAUUUAUUUAUUUAUCAUUGCAAUGGACUUAGCACAAGGUAAUAGCAAUAAGCAAUUUAUAUGAAUAUACCGAUCAUACUUGACGUUAAUCAUAAAGAAAUGUUUGAGGGACUAGAAACAGGACAAAAAUGAUGAGAAAAUUUAUUUAAAUUUCAUUUCUGAGCGUUCUAAUAAGAAAUAUUUUUUACGCUGACCAUGAAUAUUCUGUGAUACUUUUGUGAACGCUUGUCAUUUUCACGUACUGUCUCCAACUGCUCGUCCUGGCAUUUGUCUCCCCGUGAGAAAUAAAAGAAUCUAAUAAUAGAUUUUGAAAAAAAUUAAGGGCUCGUCAAUAAGCUCAUUUAUCUAAGACUUAAUUAAAAUUUGUAAAAUCCAGUUAAUAUCCUACUCACGGUCUUUGUUACCUUUUGCAUCGUGUUGGCAGAGGCUCUUUCUUAUUUUUAAACACAUAUCGAGUAUAACUGACCUUUCCAGCUUGUGCUAAUAAUACUAGACAACUUGUUAAAGUAAAGGGGAUGGCAGAUAAUCAUCCGCACAAAAAAUAAAGACAUUAUUUCAUUAUAAGAGAUACAAAUGGACACAAGUGACGUGUAUAAAAUUUCCUUUUAUUAGAAACUAUUGAGAAACGUUUGAGUUUGUUGUACGAGGUUUUAGCAUUUCUAAUAAACAGAUAUUAUGACUGCUCGUACAAAUAUUGUAUCUCUUGUUCUUAACAGCCAUACAGUAUUUCACCCAUUGUUAUUCACAAUUUACUAGCAAGGUUCUUAAUAUUUUUAAAAAUAUUUACAAAGCCUGAUGAAAACCAUUUGAAAAAAUUUAUGAAUUUCUCAAAAUGCUUAUUAGAUCCUUGCCAGGUCUCACGUGAAUCCCUGUGCUCUGUUCCUAUCUUUUUAACGAACACGUUGUCGUUCUUGUCGGGAUCAUUAUUUCCAAGAAUAUAUCGCAUCAAUUCCUUUGUAAAUUCAUGUUCUUUCCUGUAAUCGAUAAUACUUGUAUAAAAAAUUCUAUCUGUAUAUACAUAUCUUUACUACUUA